UGAAGACCUCGAGGAAGUGCCUACAGUUCAAACGCCAUGAGAAGGUCAUGUCGCUCAGAAGACGUGAAGUGCAUAUUCACCGGAAAGGCUAAUGGCCAACUCAGUAAUCAGAGUCUGAAAAGACAGUCAGAACCUCGUCGAAUGGCCGAUAACUGGGAAGAUGUAAAAACCAGAUCAAAAGAUUUCUAUGACGAUGGAACAUCAACGUUCUUCUGGAACGCUCACACUGUGUUAUGCCUUAUAAUAUUUGCAUGCAUCCUUUUGUAUGUUGCUAUUGCGGAGAAUGGCAACUACUCCUCUGAAUAUAAUAUGAAACGUGGUAUUAGCGCUGUGAUCAUGGUGUUUCUUCUGUUUGGAGUUGUGCACACACCAGAUGGUCCAUUUCUUCGGCCACAUCCUGCAUUCUGGAGAUUUGUACUCUGCCUCAGUAUUUUAUAUGAGCUCAUCUUGGUUUUUCUGCUAUUUCAGAGUGUGGAUGAUGCGCGUCAGUGGUUACGAUAUUUGGAUCCAGAACUCGGAAAGCCACUGGAAGAAAAGGAUUACGGUGGAAAUUGUCGAAUAUACGAUUGGGACAUGCCGGACAAUCCGUGGCACAAUGUUAUCUCAAAAAUGGAUGGUUUUGUGAUAGUUCAUUUUAUUGGUUGGUGGGCUAAAAUGCUAAUUCUUCGUGAUUACUGGAUAUGUAAUGUGCUUAGUUUUGCAUUUGAAGUAUUAGAAUACUCUUUGGAGCAUCAACUACCUAAUUUUUCAGAAUGUUGGUGGGAUCAUUGGAUAAUGGACUUUUUAGGCUGCAACCUCCUUGGAAUUUGGUUGGGUAUGAAAACUAUGAAUUAUUUAAGUAUGAAACACUAUCACUGGCGUGGAAUGUGGAAUAUUCCUAGUUACAGGGGGAAACUCCGUAGAGCCAUGCUGCAGUUUACUCCACACCGGUGGACCGAUUUUGACUGGCAUCCGACUGGCAGCAUGAAACGAUGGUUGGGAACUUUGUUUCUUGGGGUUGUGACACUUACAGCUGAGCUAAAUACUUUUUACCUGAAAUAUGUGCUUUGGGUACCGCCUCCCCAUUUUCUGUGCCUUGGACGUUUAGUAUUCCUAAUUUUAAUGGGCGCUACUGCUAUCCGUGAAUAUUUUGAAUUUCUUGAUGAUCCUAAAUGUAAACGAUUAGGAAGACAAGCCUGGAUGUUGGCAAGCAUAAUCAUCACUGAACUCCUGAUUGUAAUGAAGUUUGGUUGGGACGUAAUUACCAUACCACUCCCCGAGCACGUAUGUAUCUUCUGGUCAUUGAUUUUAACUGGUUUGGUUUUAUGGACUUUUUGGCACUUUUAUAUUGUACCCUGGUUGUUUCGAUCGACUCGUGAAUCAAAAGCAGAUAAGAUGGAAAAAGUUCUGGAAAAUGAUGAUCCGCAGAAUAAAAUUGAAGUAGAUAAUUCUGUUGUCUAUCGACGUGGAGUUAGAUCAGCAGUGAAGUUUAAUCAUUCUUGAUCAAUUUUCUGACUAAACUGUAACUAUCAUAAAUAUGACAUAUCUACUUGCAAUGAAGGUUAUUUUACUACCUUUUAAAUCAGAAAUAUUAACUUGUGUACCAAAGCUUGUCUUUUUUUAUACUUUAAACUCCAAAAACAUAUACAGAACUACUAAAGAAAAUAACUGAUUUAUGUAUACAUUCAGC